UGGUGGCUCACAACCAUCUGUAACUCCAGUUCCAGGGGGAUCCAACACCUGUCCUGCAGGACUCAAGAACACACGUGGUACACAGAUACACAUACAGGUGAAACAUCCAAACACAUACAAAAAUAAAGCAAUUAUUCAAAAAUAGACAACUUACCACAGAGUCCGUAGGUAUCAGAUUAGCAGAACGCCCCUCCCCCUCCCCUGACGCUGACGUGUGGAGAUGCUUCCUUCAGGACUGACAAUUAAAUGGCAAAGAAGGGGAAUGGCUUCUGAGGACAUAGUUGGUUUCGGCAAAGCCUAGAAUGGGUCAGUGAUGGGUCAGCAAGUGGUGUGGGCAGACAGGUGAUGCCUUUUUGGGGAGAAAGGAAGUUAAGUACCGAUAACUGCCUUUUCAAAGCUGGGGCCCUGGGGAAGGUAAUAUGGAAAAACUACAACUCCCAGAAGUCUCUGUUUCCAGGCAAGUAGCGACAGUUGCUAUGGUUUCGGAAAACAAUAUGGCUGCUCCCAGAUGGGAUUUGAGUCUGCCGAGUAGGGAAGUAAACGUUGUUGAUCUGAGUGGCGAGAGGAGGCACUUGAAGGGUCUUGGGGCUGGCGUUGGGCUCUGUGGGGAACGGUGAGGCCUUGCCCAGGAGCCAAUGGCAAGCGGCGUGGAUGAGGAGGCUCUGCACCAGCUGUACCUGUGGGUAGACAACAUCCCUCUGUCCCGACCCAAGAGAAACCUCUCCCGGGACUUCAGUGACGGAGUCCUGGUUGCAGAGCUGAUCAAGUUUUACUUCCCCAAGAUGGUGGAGAUGCACAAUUAUGUCCCUGCCAACUCUCUCCAGCAGAAGCUCAGCAACUGGGGUACCCUGAACAGAAAGGUGCUGAACAAGCUGAACUUCUCGGUCCCCGACGAUGUGAUGCGGAAGAUUGCGCAGUGUUCCCCCGGGGUAGUGGAGCUGGUGCUCAUUCCGCUAAGGCAGCGCCUGGAGGAGCGGCAGAGGCGCCAGAAGCUGGCCGCUGCCUCCUUACAGGAGCUGGCUCCUCAGGAUGGCAGUGGCUACAUGGAUAUGGGUUUGUCCCAGAAGACUCGAGGAGACGGUGCCACAGCCCUGGGAGGAGAGCAGUCCAGAGGGGGCCGGCCGCUGGCGCCUCUACCCCCUGGGUAUAACCAGGCGCUGCAGGGCGAUCCGAGCUUCGUCCUUCAGAUCGCUGAAAAGGAGCAGGAGCUGUUGGCCUCUCAAGAGACAGUGCAGGUCCUGCAGAUGAAGGUGAAGCGUCUGGAACACCUGCUCCAACUCAAGAACGUGCGCAUCGAUGAUCUCUCCCGGAGGCUCCAGCAAGCCGAGCGCAAGCAGCGGUGAGCGGUGCCUGGGCUGCGCGGGGCUUCCCAGUACCCGCCGGAGCCCAGACGCCGCGACCUACCCACUCGCCUGCGGACGCAGGACUGGGAGGGCAGAGCGAGCUGCUCACUGGCGCCCCCUGCAGCUGCGGCGCCCGGCUGCGGAGGGUUCGGGCGAAUGUGGGGGUGCUCGAAGCCGAGGCCUGGGAUUGAUCCUCCUCCUUACACUCCAUCCGGGCUAGGAGAAAAGACCACUUUCCACAGCCCAGAAAACCUGUACGGACACACAGCACGACCUCCCAAACCGUGUCCACUUUGAAGCUCCCGGCGCUGGGCCUGGAGAGGCGGUCCUCUGGUUCGCUCCUUGUCAGCUCGGAGGAUAGCCUCGUCUCCAUCCGUGCUAAUUCUCCACGGCCUCAGACACGCGAGAAGCUAUCCCCGGAAGCUAAGGGAUUCUCUUGCCCCUCCUGGGUGUUUACAUGGGACCCAUCUCAGGGCUGGAGACCACAGCAGCUGGAGAGGAAGGGAUAAGGAGCUGAAUGAAGAAGUCAGGAUUAAGAGAGGCAUCGAGCUGUGCAACAGCCCUCCUCUCAUAGUGCGAUAUAAGGAGUGCCUGGGGAAGACAGGGCAGAGUUGUCUCUAUUAAAGGUAGUGUUGUGCGUUC